AAUCCUUUACCUUAAAUUUGAUGCCAAAUUUUCAUCUUGAGUUUUCAACGAUCGAGCAUCAUCUGCCCUUCAUGAAACCGACACAGUCUUCAGUCACCGAACCCCAAACGAUGUCACUACAGAUCAUCUUCUACGAGGACAGGAACUUCCAGGGUCGUUCCUAUGAGUGCAUGAGCGACUGCCCCGACAUGUCCUCCUACAUGAACAGGUGCCACUCCUGCAGGGUGGAGAGGGGUUGCUUCAUGGUGUACGACCGCACCAACUACAUGGGUAACCAGUACUUCAUGAGGAGGGGCGAGUACGCUGACUACAUGAGCAUGAUGGGCAUGAGCGACUGCAUCAGGUCCUGCCGCAUGAUCCCCAUGCACAGAGGAUCCUACAGGAUGAGGAUCUACGAGAGGGAGAACUUCGGAGGUCAGAUGUACGAGCUGAUGGACGACUGUGACAACAUCAUGGACCGCUACCGCAUGAACAACUGCAUGUCCUGCAACGUGAUGGACGGCCACUGGCUGAUGUACGAGCAGCCCCACUACAGAGGCAGGAUGAUGUACAUGAGGCCCGGCGAGUACAGGAGCUUCAUGAACAUGGGCUCCAAUGGCAUGAGGUUCAUGAGCAUGAGGCGCAUCACUGACUCCUGCUAUUAG